ACCACCGUAAAAAGCUAGGUCGUGUAGUCGUCGUCGUCCUCUCGUCGAAAGGUUGGUGGGCAUGGACCUCUCCUCGUCGUUGGCGGCGGCGGCGUCGGCGUCGGCGGCGUCACCGUCGUUGGCCAAGGCGGUGGACACCUACAGAAAGGCGGUCGGCACGGCGGCCACGCUGACGGCCUACACCGUGCUGGCGCGUGGCAUGGCGAGGGAGCUCGUGCCGCACGACCUGCGCGCGGCGGUGGCAUGGGCGGCGUCGCUCGUCCGCGCCCGCUUCGAGCCCCGCCCCGCGGAGCGCCGCACCGUCAUCAUCCGGCGACGGGACCCGUACGGCCGCGGCCACGAGAACCGCGUCUUCGCUGACGCCCACUCGUACCUCGCCACCAAGAUCGACCCCCGGUCCAUGACCCGGUUCUGCCUCAGCGGCGGCGCCUCAGGCGGCGAGCGACGCGCGCGGAGCAGCGUCGUGAUCUCCAUGGUUCCCGGCGACUCGAUGACCGACGUGUUCGAGGGCGUGGAGUUCACGUGGACCUCCGUUCCCGGCGAGGGCGGGGGCGGCGGCGGGAGAUCGAACGGCGGCGGCACGGCGGCGGAGUCGGACUCGAGGGAGCUCAGCUUCGACGCGGAGCACACGGACACGGCGCUCGACAGGUACGUGCCCUUCAUCAGGGACGAGGUGGAGCGGGCGCGGCGGCGCGACCGCGAGCUGGAGAUCAGCAUGAACGAGGGCUCGUCGUGGAACGGCAUCGUGCACCACCACCCGGCCACGUUCGACACGGUCGCCAUGGAUCCGGCCCUCAAGAAGCAGUUCGAUUUUAAUAAAAGUCAAAACAUCUUGUUAACCUUAAACGAGGAAGUACCUUAUGAGAAGGAGAAGCUGACGCUGUCCGGGCUGCUCAACUUCAUCGACGGGCUGUGGUCGACGAGCGGCGAGGAGAGGGUCAUCGUCUUCACCACCAACUACAGGGAGCGCCUCGACCCGGCGCUGCUCCGGCCGGGGCGGAUGGACAAGCACGUCUACAUGGGCCACUGCGGCUGGGACGCCUUCACGACGCUCGCCCGCAACUACUUCCUCGUCGACGACCACCCGCUGUUCCCGGAGAUCCGGCGGCUCAUCUCCCAGGCCGAGGUGACGCCGGCGGAGGUGUCCGAGAUGCUGCUGCGCAGCGAGGACGCCGGCGCCGCGCUCGCCGGCCUCGCGGAGUUCCUCGAGGUGAAGAAGAAGAAGAUGAAUCAGGCCGCCGUGUGAAUGUGAAGGCGAGUAGCGUCGUCGUUGCAUCAAGAACAGUCGGAUGAUUCAGUUCUUUUGCUCCUAAUUUCAUGUGAACCGUCACUGCUUUCUGAAUCUCUGAUUGUUCUGGUUCUCUCCUAGCUAGUUAGGAACUAAUUUGGGAUGAUUGAUUUUUGUUUCAAACAAAUUUCGGUUAGUUGAUUGGUUUCACAAUUUUUUUGGGUGAUUAUUGUAUUCGUGAUUGGAUAAUCUGUCCUCCACUUGGGUUAUGUAGAGUGCACAAACUGAUUCAGAUUUAAGUAUGUUAUCCAUUAUGCAGAGGAACAAGUUAGCUAAGAACACCAAUUGGUCCUAGCUUGUUUCCUCUUCUGUUCUUUCA